ACUCCUUCAUCUGUCUUCCCUUCAUUCCCCCCUCCCACUUCUCCUACUAAAGCAACAAAACUUCUCCAGCAAGGAUUGGCUCCAAGAUGGCGAAAGCCUACGAUUAUCUCUUCAAACUGCUGCUGAUCGGGGACAGCGGGGUGGGAAAGACCUGUCUGAUCAUCCGCUUCGCUGAUGAUAACUUCAACAGCACUUACAUCUCCACUAUCGGUAUCGACUUUAAGAUCAAAACUGUGGACGUUGGUGGGAAGAAAAUAAAGUUGCAAGUCUGGGAUACGGCUGGUCAGGAAAGAUUUAAAACCAUCACAACUGCAUACUACAGAGGAGCAAUGGGGAUCAUACUGGUCUAUGACAUCACCGAUGAGAAGUCUUUUGAGAAUAUACAAAACUGGAUGAAGAGCAUUAAAGAGAAUGCCUCAGCGACCGUGGAGCGAAUGUUAUUGGGAAACAAGUGUGACAUGGAAAACAAGAGGAAGGUGCCCAAGGACAAGGCAGAGAAGUUGGCAAAAGAUCAUGGGAUCAGAUUCUUCGAAACAAGCGCCAAAUCUAGUUUGAAUGUGGAAGAGGCUUUUCGAUCACUCGCCCAUGACAUAUUAAUAAAGACGAGCAAGAAAUCGGGCUUUGGGUCUCCUAGCUACAAGGCUCCUCUGGAAAGCUCGCCGAAGACGAGUCCCUCCAAGUGCUCCUUAGUUUAAGACUCAGGACGUGGCAAACACACCAGAGAGCUGCCUAACCUUCCUCGGAGAAGACCCAUUGUGUGGAUAACUUAUUGAAAUCAACUACUGGACCUGUCUGGGGACACAGCAGUUAGUCAUUCCGGCUUCGUUCCUGGUUUAGCUUCAAUACAGCCCCUCCCUUCCCUGUCCCCCAACAACGUUCCCCUCUUCCCUGGAGGGGAGGGGCAGACACGAUACUAUGUUCCUUUUUGUGACUGGAACUUCCUCCCACAGCAGGUCAAAUCUGGGACUGUUUAUAAGCUUUGCUUCUUUGUACGACAUGUGGGGAUUGAAGGCGGGUUGGGGUGGUUGAGAGGGGACAAGAUAUUGAAUCCCAACUGGUCUGUAACAACAGUGGGAUGGAGGGGAGAAAAAGAGGGAGUGAUAACGGACAUUUUGUUGAGCAGCCAAAGACCUUGAUGUCUUUUUGCCAGAGUCAAUGGUGUUAUCUGCUGUUUCUUUUUCCUCCCCCCAAUUUUUAUUUGCUCAUUCUUCAAGGACAAGACUCCCGCCCUUUUGGUUUUGGAAUGCUUAACAGCGCAAGAGUGAGAAUUUCCCAGUCCCAGGAUGGAGAUUGAGGUUAAACGUUAAGUAGUGGGACGGAAUGUGGCCGAUAGUUUAUGUUUAAUCGCCCUCCCACCAUCAAACCUCGUCUUUCUGAUCUGAAAUUCCAGGGACAGGUGGUCAGGAAGCCAAUGAUAAACACGGACAAACCAGGAAUUAAGAGAUUGUUUUCAUGUUAUUGUUGAAUGCCCCCCCCCCCCCCCCCAAUUAAAUGGAGGUGUGAUUUCUCGCAGAUUCCACUCCCCUCCCCCCCCAACAUAUUUGGUUCUAACAACAUAAAGACUCAGGUUGGAGCUAAUGCUAGAGAUGUAUCAAGGACUAAAUCAAUUGGGGAAGGACCCUGAAUUGUCCCAAGGUAGACCUUCUGAACACCAGCCACAAUUAUUCUACCAGAUAAUGGUGCAAGACUGAGCUAGAUGGAGCAAAGGGAGAAAAAUAAAAAUCUGGUUCCCAUCCCUGGUUUGAAGGAUCCCAAGGGGGGUAUACUAGAGCCCUUGGAUGGAGGUGGUAGGCAGAGGGGACACAUCCGCUGGAGGGGCCUUCACCUCAGGUGAGGACAGAGUAAGCGGAGUUGGACCUUGUGGUUGAAUAGCUUGCUGAUACACUCGCAGUCCAGAUUCAUUCACUCAAGGUGCUGGGGAGUGAACCUUUGGGAAGUCGCAAGUCAGGGAUAAUGCUUGUGCCUUGCAUCUCCAAUAUGGUCCUUGGAUCGCACAAGUGCAACUCAAGUUGGCGGAAAGGAACAGAGAAGAGAUUCGGGCAAGGGUUGAAAUCAACAAAGAACAACAAUGUUUACCACCUGCAAAUCAGUUUCAAGAGUGGGUGGGAUAGUGUCAAACUGCAUUCCCCCACCACCUCUCUUGUACCCAAACUCCUGCCUACAGGCUCUUUCAUAAUCAGUGAUGUCUUUUGUCUUCAAACACCUUCUUCACAAGUCUUUGUGUGGCAGACAAUUAAUUCUUUGCACUAUCAAUGAGCUCGCUUCCUGUGUUGGCUUGCAAAGGGAGGCUGGGAGGGGGCAUUUGAUAAUUUGGGAAUAGUUGUAUCAGAUGCAGGUUGUAGGCCAUGGGGCUUUCUGAUCGUCACGGAGCAAACGGGAAAAGCUUUCCACUUCAAUGCAGGACCAACACAACAUGUGAUGGGCCUCAUUCAGAUUCAUCCCACUUGACCUAUUGCAGAGACGAAUGACACCUCAUGAAUCUGGUCAAUCUAUCUGGGCACAUUGGCACGGUGGAAUUUGUUGCCCAUUCCUACCUGCCCCUGGGGGAGCAGAACACAUCCGAGGACUUUGCCCAACCUUGACAAGGACAUGGCCAAUUUAAGCUCCUCCAGGGUAGGGUGUGAUUGGAGUGGGAUAGGGAAGAUGUUGUCUAAAUAUUCUUGGUCUCAGGACAUCCCGAUUCAAAGCUAAAUUUGUUACAAUGAAUAAUCCUGACAGAUCACCAGAAAGAGUUUGUGGGGCAUGAGUGAGGGAAGUAAAGGUGCUGGGUGUUUGAGUCUAUGCAGUAAGUUUUCCAGUGGGUGAGGAGGAACAACUAAACUGUCCAUCACGGUAGUCAGUUGUAUAGAUAGGGAGGUGCUAGGUUCCAUGCACAGUCUGCAAUGGGGAGGGAGCGUGGUGGUAACAGAGGUGUUUAAUUAGACUCAGUGCCCCCUGGGGACAAGAGAGUGGAAGAUAGCUCUUGUAGACCCUGCAUUGCUGGAAAAUGCACAUAAUGGGCCUCUGUGGCUAUUUCUAGCUGGCCAAAUACAUGGGUACUUGCCUACUUGAUAGCACUUCAGAAGAGAGAGAUGAAGUAAGUUGAGUGGCAGGAUUGAAGUUGGAGGGAAUUCCAAUCAUGGGUACCAGGCCUGCAUCCUAGUGCUUCUGUGACACUGUGUUAUUACCACACUGCACACCACUGUGCUGAUCACCUUUUCUUUGUUUGUUGCCAACCAUUGCUUAAGCUAAAAUUUAUACGAUUAAAAAAAAAUUAAAAUCAGCCUGCCCAGACCAAGUGCCACUCAAUCAUUCAAGAUUAAUUUCCUCUUAAGUCAGUGUUUUUGAACAAAGUGCACUCUGCUUGCUAUGUUGUGCCAACCCACUGUUCCCCUUCCCCAAGUUUCAAAAGACUGAAGCUUCCGGAAAAUGAAUCUUGGCCUCUGUGCCAGGAUUGUGUCAUAGCUGCAUUUAGCGCCUUUUGUACAAUGCUGAUGUAAUAAAGAUUUGCAGUUGCUAUGGA